AUGAGAAGCUUUAUAACUUUCGUUCUUCUCGCCCUGGUCGCCAUCCCGGCUAUUACAUCUGCUGCUCCAGUGGCAGGGGAGGAUGGUCACGGCGACCGCCACGUGCGCGCCACGUGUGACCUGCUGAGUGCCUUCGGCGUAGGGGACUCUGCCUGCGCCGCGCGCUGCAUCGGCACGCGGAAAGGCUUCAGGGGCGGCUACUGCGAUAAGGGCGUCUGCCACUGCCGAAAGUAG